AUGCUCCUGCUUCUCCUGCUGGUUGCCUCCACCCUCAGGCUCUCCCCCGGUGGCCUGGCUGGCGGGGUGGGACUCCAGCUCACGGGGGACUACUACAUCGCUGGGUUGUUUCCUCUCCACAACGCAGACACCGUCGUCUCCAGCCAGCCCUCUCUGGGAGACUGCAAAGAAGGGCUUUCAAACAAACAUGGUUAUCACUUACUGCAAGCCAUGAGAUUUGCUGUGGAGGAGAUCAACAAUGGCACAACGAGCCCAGAUCUUCUGCCUGGAGUAACAUUAGGGUACCAGACACACGACACGUGCUCUCGGCCGGCCAGCACUUUAGCCACGCUUGACCUGCUGGUGCAGCAAACCAAUGGGACUCAGUCUGGACACCGGGCAGUGGCUGUGGUUGGGCCCGACAGCAGCAGCUACAGCUUCACCCCGGCUGCAGUGUUGGGUGCCUACCUGGUGCCACAGAUCUCUUAUGAAGCUUCAAAUGAAAUGCUGAGCAACAAAUUCCUGUACCCAGCAUUCUUCCGCACCAUACCCAGUGACAAAAACCAAGUGAAUGCGAUGAUACAGGUUCUUGUCAAGUUCAACUGGACCUGGAUCGCUCUUCUCGGCAGUGACAAUGAAUAUGGCCUCCAGGGCAUGCAGAGUUUGUCAGAGCAGGCCUCAGACUACGGCGUGUGUAUCGCAUACCAAGGCGUCAUACCAGGCUACAGCGAGGAAACCAAAGAACGUAUGAGAGCUAUAGUCCAAAACAUCAUCAAAACGAAAGUGACCACUAUAGUAGUUUUCUCCAGCAAGAGGAAAGUGAGCGGCUUCUUCCCCUUCGUCAUUGAACAGAACGUCACAGACAAAGUGUGGAUCGGAACAGAGGACUGGUCAGUGGCAACGCUAGUGUCAGAGAUACCCGGUAUCCGCUCCAUCGGGACCAUUCUGGGUGUGUCCGUGAAAUACUCACCCCUGUCUGGUUUCAGUGAUUUUGAGGAGCAGUCUCUUGCCAUCCUCAACAAAAGCCAAGGUUUGAAUGUCAGCAAAACCCUGAGCGCCAGCUGUCUCCAGAACACAGACCUCUUCACCAUGGCAUCUCAGAACUACCCGUUGUUGAGUUAUGAUAUGAUAUCGUCUUUUAACGUGUACAAAGCCGUGUAUGCCAUAGCACACGCACUGCACAAGACCCUGGGGUGUGACAUGGGCGCAUGUCAGCACACAGAAGUAGAGCCCUCGAAGGUUUGGAAAAUGUUGCAAACAGUCAGGUUCUCCAUCCGAAACACAUCAGUGUAUUUUGAUGAGAAUGGGGACCCCCCUACCGGCUAUGACAUUGUGACCUGGGUCUGGGUCGGGGAGCAGUGGACACUGCGUGUGGUUGGGGACUACAGCCCAGACCCACCUGCUCUGCAGAUUGAUUCAGCACAGAUACAGUGGAGGACAGCUGGGAUGGUGCCUGAAUCUGUGUGCUCCCCUGAAUGCCCCGAGGGUUACCAGAAGCUUCUGACUGGGCAGCAUAAAUGCUGCUUUGACUGCAUGGCAUGUCCCGCUGGCACUUUCCUCAACAAGACCGGCACCACCGACUGCCAGCCCUGUGAGUUGGACCAGUGGUCCGAGGCAAAGAGUGAGGUGUGUCUGCCCCGGACGAUGCUGUACCUGCCCUGGGAUCACCCUCUGGGCAUAGCCCUGCUCCUGCUGCUGGCCGCCUCCCUGCUGCUCACCCUGGGCACGGCCCUGGUCUUCCUGCUCCACCUCGGCACGCCCGUGGUCAAGUCGGCCGGCGGGAAGACGUGCCUCCUGAUGCUGCUGUCGCUCACAGCCGCUGCCUCCAGCACCCUUUGCCACUUUGGCCACCCGAGUGGGCCUGGCUGCCUGCUCGAGCAGCCCCUGUUCAUCUUCAGCAUCACCAUCUGCCUGGCUUGCAUCACCGUCCGAGCCUUCCAGGUGGUCUGCAUCUUCAAGUGGUCCUCCAAACUGCCCCGCUCCUACGACACCUGGUCCAAGAACCACGGCCCCGAGGUGGUCAUCACGGUGAUCUCGGCCUCGGUGCUUCUCAUCUCUGUGCUGCGGCUGGGCCUGGAGCCUCCACGCCCCAGCCUCGACCACGACUUCUACUUUGACAAAACCGUAGAGGAAUGCAGCCACACCAUGUCUGCUGGGGCAUUCGCAGAGCUGCUCUAUGUCAUUACACUCAGCAUCCUUUGUUUCUGCUUUAGCUAUUUGGGCAAAGACCUGCCAGCUAAUUACAAUGAGGCUAAGUGUGUGACCUUCUGCCUGAUGAUGUACAUGGUGUCAUGGAUCUCCUUCUUCACCUUCUACUGCAUCAACAGAGAUAUCUACUCAAUGGCUAUGCAUGUGGGUGCUAUACUGGUAAGCGUGCUAGGAAUGUUUGGUGGCUAUUUUCUGCCCAAGGUGUACAUCAUUUUAAUCAAGCCACAAAUGAACACCACAGCUCAUUUCCAAAACUGCAUUCAAAUGUACACUAUGACUAAACAAUGACAAAGCCACUUUGGCAAAGCAAAAGGGCCGUGUGACAAACUAAAUGUGCUCAAUAGAAACCAUAACAAUAAUUGGUUAACAUUUG